ACGAAGUUGAGAGAAAAAUAAAAAAUUAUUAUGAUUUGAUGUUAAAAUUAUCAUGUAAAAUAGGUUGAGGCUUGUUUUAGCAUAACGUAGGGGUGAAAUUGUUUAGUAUCCAAGGGUUUGAAAUAUAUUAGUAGCUAAUUUGAGGUUUUGUGAAAUAAAGUAACCUUUUUAAAAAUGGUAGCAAUAGCAUCUCGAAUCCGGAGUCAAUUAUUGCCCUUUCUUUUUCCUUCCUUGCCUUUCCUUUCUUUUGUCUCAUAAUUUAGACCAUAUAGGAGUAAGACCAAGGCAGAGAGAGAGAGAGAGAGAGGGAGAGCGCCUCCAGUUGUUGCUUCUGGUGCAACGGGUUAGGUAGAGAGAAAAACCAAGGAGAAAACGAACGAGAAAUGGGAGCAAUCAAGGGAGCCAUAGUAGAUGGGAUUUUGACAGCCAUGUGGGUAUUCAGCGUUCCUUUGCUGGGUGUUUUCUCCUCCAUCAUAGCAACAUAUGUGGGUGUUGAGGCCAUGUCAAUAGCAUGUCUUUUCAUAACCAUUAAUGUAGCCGCUCUUUUUAUGCUAACUUUCAGCUUGAUAGGAGCUGCCUUCGGCGGUGCCAGUUUCAACCCUGCCACGACGAUAACACUCUACAUAGCUGGCCUAAAGCCUGAUACAUCUCUCAUGGCCAUGGCUUUGCGUUUUCCUGUUCAGGCAGCUGGUGGGGUUGGUGGUGCCAUGGCAAUUAGGGGAGUGAUGCCAAAACAUUACAGGCAUGUGCUCAAAGGCGGUCCUUCUUUGAGGGUGGACUUGCAUACAGGGGCGAUUGCUGAGGGGGUGUUGACUUUUCUGAUCUGUCUUACUUUACAUUUUGUUUUGCUCAAGGGCCCUAAAAAUGUUGUGUUGAAGGUGUGGUUGCUAGCGGUGGCUACCGUGGGAUUGGUCAUGGCUGGAGGUAAGUAUACCGGCCCUUCAAUGAAUCCUGCCAACGCUUAUGGAUGGGCUUAUUUGGGCAAUAGGCAUACCACCUGGGAUUUCUUCUAUGUCUAUUGGAUUUGCCCCUUUAUAGGGGCAAUUUUAGCUGCCUUCGUUUCUAAAUUUCUUUUCAAGGCAGCACCGAUCAAGCAGAAAAAGGCCUGAAGAGUAGGGAUAGAUGCAGUCGUAAUUAAGAUUAGGAUUUAGUUUCCAUCUUUAAUGUCGUGUUUUCCCGUGCUUAUGCCUAUCCUCUCUUCAUGAAUUGAUCUCUUUAAUUGGGAUGAUUAGCUAAAAAAACAGAGAGAGAUAUUUCAGCUCGAGCUCCAUAAUCUGUUCUUCAUGUUAUCAACUACGUGUGGCUUCGUUGGGUCUUUGCGGACCCACAAUUUCAACAUAGAGUGAGAGUAUUAGUGGGGGUUUAAAUCGGUUGGCAUUGAUGUAAAAUCUCAGAACAAGUCAUCUACCAAUUUCUCAAUUUCUCCA